GGAAGUGAUGUUUCUCUCUGUUGUUUCCUCUCAUGUGGAGGAGUUAACCGUAAUGAGCAGUUCCUUUAUUUGCAGUCUUAAAUUAUUAAAUCAUAGUUUGGCAUUUUGCAUAUAAACAGAUUAUUGAAUCGUCUGCACUUAUGCUGCCUCAAGAUGAACGUAACUGUGGAAUGGACGACUAACUCCAACAUGAAUGAUUCCGCUGAUUGCUAUCCAUCUGAACAUCCAGAGAAGAAGUUUUUUAUAGCCCUACACCUGGCAGUGAUUCUGAUCGGCACCCCAUCCAACAUUUUCUUCCUGUAUGUGUCGUGCCAGCACAUCCGUCAGAAGAAUGAACUGGGCGUCUAUUUGUUUAAUUUGGCCCUCUCGGAUCUCCUAUUCAUCAUGUGUUUGCCCAUGUGGAUUCAGUUUACGCUUUACGAUAAAUGGCUUUACAGCAAGAACGUGUGCAUUGCCUGUGUCUUCCUGCUUUUCACAAACUUCUACUCGAGUGCCAUACUGUUGAGCUGCAUCGCCGUGGAUCGCUAUUUCGCAGUGGUUCACCCACUCAAGUUUUGCGCCUUCAGGAAACGCCGGACGGCAGUCGCUAUUAGCAUUGCCACUUGGAUUUUUAUCAUCAUAUUCAAUGCAACCACUGUUAUGUCAAGCAGGAUUUACGAUGUAGAAAAUUUUAUUUGCUUGGAGAUAUUUCCAUUGCCCGAAACGCAACGCUGGGUUAAUAUUGCUCGGUUUGUUGUGGGUUUCUUCGUCCCUGCGGUGGUGGUGGGCUUCUGUUCCUGGCGAAUCUAUCUUGACGUGAGGAGAAAUCAAGCUAUUGGGUUGAUGGAACGUCGCCGUGUGUUCAAACUUUUGGGAAGUCUUCUACUGACGCUCUACCUCUGUUUUGGCCCUGUGCAUAUCAUGAUGGUACUGAGAGUUUUUCUGGAGCAGUGUCCGUAUCCAAACUGGCUCUUUAUCAGCUAUAAGCUCUGCGUCAUGCUCUCGACGCUCAAUUGUUUGGCCGAUCCGCUCCUCUACUGCUUCACGAGCAGAACGGGUCAAGCUAGCGCCUCAAAUGCAUUACUCGUUCUCAGGAGAAUGUGGAAGAAAGAAAAUCAGGCAAAAAUGGUAAUGCAAAAUGACCAAAUCCUUGGGACUGCUGAAUGUUAGGAGUUACAGACUUAUACCACACAAAAGUGCUGACUUGACAAACCGAAUUAAUGCCAUUAACGCCAUUCGUAAACUGUAGUUUUAUUUUUUACACAAGAUUACAAAAUUUAGGGCUAGACUGAAACUAUGAAAUGAAGGCUUGCAAAGUGGUGUUUGCGUAGUGGUUAAUGGGUCAGUUCACCCAAAUAUUUAAAUUUCGUCAUCGUUUACUUGCCCUCAUAUUGUUCCCCGCAUAUGGUUUUCUUUCUUUUGUGAAAAACAAAAGGAGAUAUUGCAAGAAUGUUCACAUGCUCAUGUUCAAACCUGGCACAUCAUAUUCAGUUACGAGCCAAAUAAAAUUAACCAAAGUAAAAAAAUUAAAAAUAAAUAAAAGAUCCUAAUACAAAAUUAAGUGCGGGAUGGAUUCAUCGAUAUUUUAAUUGUUCACAUGCACAUAUUCAAACCUGCCACAUUGUGUUCAGAAAUUAGAUACUGUAAAUAAAAAAUUAGCCAAGUUUAAAAGAAAUAAUGCAAUUAAAAUAAGUUGAAAACACAAUUUUCUUUAACUGGAUGGAAUUAUAGUUUUUUAAUUAAUUUUAUGGCUAUGAGUAGGGAUGCACCAAUAUGAACAAUUUUUGGCCAGCCAAUUUUAACCAAAAACUACAGACCAAUAUUUUGUCAUUAGAUCACUGUUUUGCUUAGGAAUGAUGCUUUAAAAAUGUACAAAGAGAUACAAAAUCUAUUUUGUUAUAACAGUAAAUAAUUUCUACUGAACAUGGAUUGGAUCUGUUAAACACACGACAGGCCAAUGUUUUUUUAAGAGAGCCACAAUGAAAGAUAAAGACUAUAUUAAAAAGAUAAGAUACUGAUGUGGUAAAAAGUGGUUAUUCUGAACUUUAAUAUUUUUUCAUAUUAUGCAUAUUCAACAUGCUUUACUUUUUCAGAUUUAAUUUAGUUUGUUUGGGGGUUUCUUUAUAUUACACAAAUAACAAAAUGUUUAUGAAUUUUACACAAUGCAACACGUUUACAUAAUUAAUUAUAAAUAAACCAUCAGUUUUUCUUAUUUGAGUUUUCAUACUUAUGACAGAUACUGUUUUAAUUUGGUCAAUAACUGGCUGAUAUCUGUGCCUGAUAAAACGGUGCCCAGAUUUAGUGAAUCCAUAACUAUGUAACUUACACUUGCAAAAAGCCUGAAUAUGUUGUUUUUAGAAAUGGGAACAUAUGUCAUCAAAGUUUCCUGUCUUUGUCAAAAAAGAGAAACUACCUUUAAAGUUUUAUUUUCACCCUUGCUGUCUGAACAUUUUACACAAAAUAUUAUAUCUUUUAAAAGAGCAAAUCUGUAUUAUGUGUUGUACCUGUUAUACAAAAAAAAAAAAAAAAAAAGAAAUUGCCUAUUUUUUUUAUUUCAUUUAUUUUUUUAUUUAUGCAUGCCAAUUACAUAACAAAAUUCCGGCAAAAUGAAUUUUGUAAUUUUUAACUAAAUUAAAUUCAUAGAACUUACAGUAUAUAGUUUUUUAUUUUAUUUUAUUUAGUGAAAGAUUACUCAAUUCAAUUUUAUUGAAGUUUUUAUAUUGAAAUUAUUAUUAUUAUUAUUAUUAUUAUUAUUA